AUGCGAAUACGACAUCGUCGCGACUGCAACUCAAGAUACAGGGAGAUGGACGAAACGCCUAUUUCUUCACGGCCCGGUCAGAUACAAUAUGCAGACUAUUUCUCUGUGCAUUACCCGAACCCAGUGCAAUUGCAAUCUAUAUAUAGUUUUCGGGUCGGAGAUUCUUCACGGAAGAUGUAUCUGACGUUGACUAUCCUGGUGCUAAAUGGUUACCAAUUGGUGUUGACCGACAACAAACCCUUCGGUUCACCGUAUAACGACAGCAUCGAAUUCGCAAACGCUUCUGCGACGGUCUACUGUGCGAGUAAUCUGGAGAAUAUCUGGCUGAGCAGCGAUCAGUCCAAACUGGGGCAUGCAAUGGCACGGGUCGAAAUGUGGCCUGAGAGCCCGGGAAUUGAUUGCGUUUGUCUGAAGGGAAACGCAUCGCCAGUGGCUACAUCAACUAUCAAAAAUGAUGGAUAUUCGCUGCACGCGGGCGCAAACGAGCCAUUCAUCUUGAGCCGACAACUGCCCUCUGUGACGAACAUGACGAUCGGCGCGGAUUGCGAAACUGAUUGCCGACUUCGGAUCGUCAUCGGACUUUCCUGCUACCUGCCAACUAGUUCCGAAGAUGACAGGGUGCCUUUAAUGAUUAACGGCACGUUUGUGUUGGCCGAUUCGUGCACGCCACCAGAGCUCUACGUCCAUUCUCCAUUUGAAGGAGUUAUGCAGUCGAUGACAAAUAUUGGCUCGGGCGCCGUCCAUACAUUUGUCGCUGAUGCCCUUUACCAUGUUGUUUUAUUCAGAACGAUUCAGCCAUCAGUGGAUACGGGUGGCUAUAUCGAAGGGUACACAGGUAGUAUCGACCCCGAGGGAGACAAAACGCGUUUAGUCGACACGUUCGAAAUGGACGGCCGCACACUCAUUUCUCCAGUUAAAUGGAGCGACCGUGUCGCUACGCUUUGGUUCGUCAACGGAACGUUCGAUCUUGCAUUCAAGAGCCUUCAUGAGCUGCACAAUGUUGAUUCGAAUGUGAGUUCUGUGGCUGGAUCCGGCGUCUACGACACGCUGUAUGCCGAUGAGCUGAGCUACGGGCACCCGGCCGAUAACAUAGUCGAUGGCUCUUUUGAAUGGACUUACAACAAUACUGACCUACUGGGGCGCCGCCGUGACGAACGCGAGGAUGCGAACGCGUUUGGAAUGGCAUCACCAAGA